GAGGUAGCCAUGGAGACCGCGCGAGAGCGAGGGGGCAGCUGCUGGUCGAGUUUCCGCACACCUCGAAUACAGACGGAGAGGACGAGGGAACAACAGAGCAGCUCUUUACGGACCUACACGACGAAAACAUUAGACCUUUUAGGAGUUAUUCCAACACAUUUACCUCUGGGUGUCUCCAUUCUCAACGGCCUUUAAUGCCUCGAUUGUGAAACGUUGAGAGGAGGGCUUGCUGGUAACCUUUACGUUGGUUAAGCCGUAGAGGACUCUCGCUGGUCGCCGGAGGAAAAGAUGUGCGAUGGAAUGGUAGCGUUUCAGACGAGAGCCCCGUCCUCCUCUUCCUCCUCUUCUCCUCUAGCCCACAGGCUGGCUGCCUCUGUGCUCCUCCUCCUCUUCACCCUGCUCCCUCAUGGUCACGCAUCAGGUUGUGCGAGGCCACCCGGCGUGCAGCACGGAGACCUGGUGAACCAGACCGAAGCCAACCGGGGCUCGUUUCCCCCAGGCACCCUGCUGACUUAUGGCUGUGAGCCGGGCUACACUGCAGAUGGACCCACGAGCAUCAUUUGUACUAGCUCUGGAGCCUGGUCCCAUCAGCCUCCGGGCUGUGUCAGAAGCAGCGUUUGUUCCCCCCCUACUGAACCAGAGAACGGGGGCUACCGCUGUCACCCGUCUCCUUGCCAUCGUCUCACCCAGAAGACCGUCAUCGAGUACUUCUGUGACGAGGGCUUCGCUCUGAAGGGAGACUACAAGUUCCUCACCUGCCAGAACGGCGAGUGGGACGGUCCCAUGCAGAUCAGCUGCCGACUCACGCAAGACAAGGAGCCGAGCUCUCCGCUGGGUAUACCAGCUCUGUCUAUCGUGGCAUCCACCGCCAGCUCUGUGGCUCUCAUCCUGCUUUUAGUGGUGCUGUUUGUUCUUGUACAGCCUAAACUUAAAUCCUUCCAUCACAGCAGGAGGGAGCAGGGAGUCUCAGGCCAGUCCAGCUCCAUCAUGGUGGAGGGCGUCCAGGUGACACUGCCCUCCUACGAGGAGGCUGUAUAUGGAAGCGGUGGACCCUGUGGGGCCUCAGGUCCUCCUCCUUCACCACCACCUCCCGCUGCCCCUCCAGAGUCCAGAGUCCCCAUCGUGCUUUCUGAAGGUCUUCCUCAGGGAGCCACAGGAGGCCAAGGCCCCAGCAGAAGCCGCCACCACAGAGACUUAGACUUCUGUCUCCCAUCCACGUCCUCAUCAUCGUCCUUCUCCUCCCGCCGUCACGCAGAGACGGUGCUGGUUCACCAGGCCCCCUCCUCUUCUUCUUCUUCAUCGUCAUGGGCUAGAGAGCACCCUGGGGGUGCAUGCGCAGGCCCCCUACCUCUUCGUAGAGACUCUGAGAGCAGCGACCAGCACAGUCUGCUCUCUGUCACCUCUGCAGAUGAGUUUUCUGAUGAUAUUCCCCUGCUGAAGGAAGCAUGAAGUCUGCCAGCCUGCUUUCAGCAUCAGCAGCAGCGGAGGACCCUGUUUCCCCGAUCUCUCACUGCUGACCAGGACUGACUGUGGCUGUCAACUCACUUUCCCUGACUCCCUUCAGCAGAGAAAAGACUAGAACUAUGCUCACUCCCUCCCUCCUCCUCCCCCCAAUGCAACCUCUUCUGCCACCGCUGCCAAUGCAGAGCAAAACCAACAACCAAUACUGACUGCAUCACAAGCGAUGAUGAUGAUGGAGCACCACUGGACCCUGCUUCAGGAUCAAACUGCAGAUACACAAAGUGGUGCCAGCUCAACAUAAAUCCUGUAGAUCCUAUAUAUAUGAGUAAAACACACACUAUAAGUCAAGGUUGUGUACCAUAGGCCAUGUAUUACCAUACACGUACCUCCUCCCAGGUGUAGCUCUCUAUAUCAACAUCGCUCAGAGGCUUCAUGGGAGAAGGCUAUAGCAACCACGACACAUCUACUCUGUCUGGGAUUACUGCGGAUAUAAAAAAAAUAGAUAAAUGAAAUAACUUGUAAUGUUCGCUCCUGAAGCUGCGGCGCUCAGAACCCCGAAUCGUCUUCCCGCUGUACUUGAAGAGUUGUGAGUGGUGGCUGGGUUUUUUAAAUUUUUUUCUUUGUGAAUGCUGCAUGUUGUUUUUAGUUAUUGCUGUCACAGCACGGUGGCCCCACUCUGAAUGAAGCAUGAAGCCUUUCUCCGUCUCUCACUCUCACUCCUUCUCUUCUUUUGCUUCCUGUGUUUUCCGGGGCGGCGUCGAGCAUAUGGAUUAGUGGGAUGGAGAACCACUUCACAAGAGCUAAAAGCAGGAUGCAGCGUUUGACGGAGCACCAUGUCACAACUCUUAAAAGAGCUGCUCCUUUCUCUUCUCCUGUUGCCAGCUGCGCCCCUGAAUUUUGGAAGGUGCUUCUUCUGUCAAACGAGUGGGAUUGAUUGGUGUUUUGGUGCCAUGAAUGUGCGAUUCGUCUUACCUGAAUAAGCCGAGGGAGACAUAAUGUCACAUUCAGAGUGUGGGCUGAGGACAGGGUUGUCUUUAAACAUGGUGAUUGGGCACGUGACUGAAAUUUAAGGUGGUUUCAUUUUCUUCCCACUCUAUUUAUUGUUUGGUGUGUGGCUCAGUUUGCUGCAUCUGAGUGCAUGUGUGUGUGCGUGCGUGUGUGUGUGUGUGUGUGUGUCAGCCAUUUUCUGAUUUUGCCUACUUUCACAUCAGAGACUGGCCUCACAAUGUCCCCCCGUCUUACGCCACAGGAAAAAUCUCCCUCCCAGCACUGAAUAAGUCACAUGAACAAAUCAGCGUCAUUUCAGGCAACCGGUCCAGCACACAAUGUGUGUAUUAUUCAUCUGCUCUCCAGCUAGAAUAUUUAUCAUUUCUGCUGAAUGGCUGGAAAACACGAGUCUCCUCAGAGGAACCGGCUCUCACCCACCUUCACACUGUACUGAAGACUCUCCAUUUUCAUGCUUUAUUGACACAACUGCAACUGGUUGCAGUGAAAGGAUAAGAAAGUUUUUGUUCUAUAGCACCCCCCCACUCCCACUACCCACCCACCACAUCCACUCACUCACCCUCCCAACGCCAAGUGCAGAUUUCAGAGAGAGUUGUGUUAUUUUGUUAGAAAAUCAUCCUCUGUUUUCAUCGCCACUUGAAAAAAGCUAUGGUGGUUGAGCUGGUCACCGUGGAAACAGCAUGACUCUGGAGGAUCCUGAGAAUUACUUUUUAAAGCUUUGCUGCUCAGAGAAAAAAGGAAAAACGGAACAAUCUGUCUGAUAUUCUCAAUUUUCAUUUGGCAUUCGUGGCUGUGUGUCAGUGUCAAUGGCUACAUUAAUAAUGCAAACAAUGUUGCCUUAGACUUGUACAUUUUCUUUUUUUUUUUCUCCUUUUUUUUGGAUGUAUAAUCUCAAGCCUCUGCGUUGGUUGCUUUACAGUAUUGCAACGUGUUCUGUUUUCCCAAUGGCCUUACUCUGUUCUUUUCUAUUCUAUGCAUAAAACUGUCUUUGUGUAUUUAUCAAUGAGUUUACUUUUAGUUGUGGACACAGCUAAACGAAUGUCCUGUCCUCUGUCCCCCCCUUUCCAGCUACUGUGAUGACGAUAAUGAUGAUAAUGAUGAUGACCAUGAUGAUGAUGAUGAUGAUAAACCUAUAAGCACCUAUAUUUCACUAUUCUUUUGCUUCUCUUUUGCUACAAGGCAUUAAAGUAUUUUGGGAUUAAAAGGAGAAAAAAAAGCAGAGAUUACCUUUGUGUUCAGCAGCACUGUUGUACAGUGUUGCUUCCCAGAAAAUAACAGGUUGAAAAAAGUACACAUCUUGAUUCUUAGUUUCAAUGCUUUCAGCUUUGUUUUUCCUCUGUACAUGGCAGUGGGUGUGAAGAUAGUAAUUUAAUAUUUGUAUAAAGUUUAAUUUAAUUUUACAGUGUGUAUAUAACUUUCUAAUUAAAGCUUUCUUUUGAAUGUGUAA